GAGUUCGCGCCAAUUACUUCGAUCGAACCCGUCUCCUUCCCCUCCAGAAGGCGAGGAAGGCUUGCCCCUUUCCUCUCUGAGAUCCGUGCGUCUCUCUCCCUCUCCGUGAAGGUGCUGCUCCCGUCGCUUCGUCCUCCAACGAGCUCGGGACUGUUACAGACAGAAAAAUCCUCAUCUGGAGAUAUAUCUUAAGACGCUUGUGAUAUAUGAGGGAGAGACUCUGUGGACAUCUAGUUUGAUACUGGAUGACAAAACUUUUAUCAUAAAGAUUGUUGGUGAUCCACAUAAUUGCAAUAGAAGCCCUAACAAUAAGCCAAGCAACUGGUACAUGGCUUGCUCGUGAGUACAUACCUAAGAUUAGAGCCAGACUCAUUUACUCCUUUGCUGAUAUGUGGUCAUAUGCAAGAGAAAGUUUUGCCCUUACACUUGAUGAAAAAGAAUUUUGGAGAACCAUAUGGAAAGCUCAUAGUCAUAUAAAGGAACCGAUGGAGCAGCAGUAUGAUAUGCUAAGAUCUUAUCUGGAGGAGCUGAAUCGAGAUAGCGAGUAUGGAACUUUUAGAAUGUAAGUCAACCCAGCAACCAAAAUAUUUGAGAGGUUUUAUGUCGGGUUUGAUGAGUUGAGAAGAGGAUUUUUAGCAGGAUGUAAGCGUGUUGUGGGAUUGGACGAAUGCUUUCUUAAGACUGGAUUGAAGGGGAUGUUGUUGUGUGCUGUUGGACAAGAUGGAAACAAUCAAAUGUUUCCAAUUGUUUGGGCAGUUGUGGACGCUGAGUCUGAGGCAUCUUGGAGUUGGUUUCUCACCUUAUUAUUUAGUGACCUGAGGGUGGGCAGAGGCGAGGGUUGGACUUUCAUCAGUGACCAGCAAAAGGUAAUAUCUCACUUUUUGUCUUUAAAUGUUGCUACGCUGCACUAAUGCAAUCGUUGAUGUGAUUUGUAUGUUUCUUACUGGCUGAUUUUGGUUGCAGGGACUGAUAAUGCAGUUUCAAGGCUAUCUCCACUUGCAGAGCAUCAAUAUUGUGCAGCGCACAUAUAUGCUAAUUGGGAAAAAUUGUACAAAGGGGAUGCUCUUAAGAAUCUCUUUUGGAGGGCUGUGAGGUGUACAUUUGAAGCUGAUUUUGACCUAACAAUUGCGGAUUUGAAGAUGGUGUGCCCUAAAGGUUACGAAGACUUCAUGAGGCAAGGCCCCUGAGCAUUUUUGUAGGGCUUUUAUCAAGACGGGUACCAACUGUGAUUUGGUUGAUAACAACUUAUGUGAGACCUUCAGUGAAUACUUUUGGCUACCAAGAGAAAGACCCAUACUUGAGAUGCUUGAAGGGGUAAGAAUUAAGUUGAUGGAGUGGAUGGUUGAGAAAAGUCAGUUAAUGGCUGAUCAAACAGAUCUAAUUUGCCCAAGGAUUAGAAUGAAGUUGGAUAAGACUAAAUUGGAGUCCAGAUAUUGUAUUCCUAGAGCAGCUACGAGGAGUAAGUUUGAGGUUGAAGUGGAUGAUGAUAGAUUUGUGGUUGACUUGGCUGGGAAGCCCUGUGCUUGUAGGGAAGGGGACAUCUCUGGAAUACCAUGUAGACAUGCAAUAUCUUGCAUUAUUUUCAUGAAGUUAGAUAUUGGUGAUUAUGUCAAUGACUGCUUUAAGAAAGAUGCUUAUGAAAGAUGUUACCAAUUUCCCUUCCCAAUUAUGAAUGGAAAAAAAAUGUCGCCCAAAGUCAAUGGUGAGCCAAUCAAACCCCCACCUUACAAAAAGAAAAGGAUGCCUAAUAGCAAUAGAGGUAUUGACAUGGGAGGUCCAUCCAUCUUCAAGAGACAAACAAGAGUAGGGACUGUUCAAAUUUCACCAAGCCAGGCUUCAAUUGAUACCACAGAAUCUUCAUGCGCUGAAGAAUCUAGAAUUGAUAGUGGAAUGUGAAGUUGUGGACCGGAAAAUGCUAGUGGAUGCUCAGUGCCUACUUUUAGAUGAGGACGUUGAGUUGUAGACUGAAAAGGCUAGUUUUUGUGUUGUUUGUAAGUGCAUUUGGCUGUUUACCAUAUGUUUGGGGAUUUGGCAAUGUAGUUCAGAAUUUGGGAUGUUUUGGCUAUGUACCCUGUCUUGAGUUGUGCCUGCUGUAUAGGAAAGGUUUAUUGUGUUGG